CAGGGGGAUUCCCAGAGGGAAGUUCCCGACUCGAGCUGGGCUAUGUAAAACACACUUUACCAUAUCCUCUGCCAGCGUUUCGUGUAGCUUUACAUUCGAAGAUAAGGCGACGAGGCUCCGGCGGUGUCAAAACAAGACGGUCGACUUGCAGGAGAAACUUGAAUGAAGGGCUCAUGUCUGCCGUGUCAGUGAUGAUCGCGGAGCACAAGGCAUGGAAAGGAACAUUGGAGACCAGCUCAACAAAGCCUUCGAAGCUUAUCGCCAGGUCUCCAUCGAAAAGGACAAUGCUAAAAAGGAGCUGCAGAAAAUGACUGAAUACUAUGAGCGAUACACUCAAGAACUUCAGAAGCAGAUCGAGGACCAGCAGAGGUUAAUUUCUGAACUUGAAGCAAAGUUGUCAGCAGCAAGACAAGCAUCAGACGUGAAAUGUGAGCCUUGCAACCAUCUCCACGAAGGGCUCAGCACUUAUAGGAAAGUCCAGUUCUCGGAGAAUAUGGGCACCGUUGCUGUUGCUCCUAAUUUACCAAGCAGCAGCAGUGUUGACUAUCAGGACAUGUUAGAGGCGUUCGAAGCCAUUGAAGGCAAAUUUCGACAGAUCCAGAAUCUAAGCAGGAGACAAAAAGAACAACUGAAAAAAUUCCAUGGAGGAUGUGAGACAUCGAACGAUCAGCGCUUCUCGAUGCCGAUCCAGUGCACGGACCGAACCGCAGAGGCAGAACAACCCUUUCCCUCAGCAAUAAGGUCCGCUGUGGACAUCCCUAACCUGCCUGCAUCUCUGGCGUCCCGCGGCGCCACUCAGGAGGACAGAGACUUUGUGGACUCUCUCACCAAACUCAGUGUCAAGUUCCCACCCUCCGCAGACAGUGAAUACGAGUUUCUGAACAGUGCUCCGGAGAGAAACCUUAAUCUGGCCAUGCCCAUGAAGCAGCCUCUCAGCGGCGCCUCUCCCUCGCUGCCGGAGGAGAAGCCCGCGGAACUGCCCAUGCUUUUUGUCUUUCCCACAUCCCCCUCCCACUCCUCAUCGUCUUCACCCUCCCAGGAGAGUGUGCGAGGACCGCAGCAGUCUCUCUGGAGCCCCGGCUUGUGCGAAGCAGUGGACAUCGGGACAGACCAGGAGCCUCCGAGCAACAGUCCGAAUAAAUGCGCUUUCUGCAACGCCGUGGUUCCUCAGAACCGAAUGAACAGUCACCUCUACUCUCACUGCUCUCCUAAGAACGAGGCGAGCAACUGACGAUGGCAGCAGAGACUGGCGGGAAAAAGUCCAGACCACUUAAAAACUUUUACUGUAUUCAUGGCAUCCUCCCGCCUGCCAUGAAGCACAAGCGCUGUACAAGAAGUGACAUUACACUGCCACGAGACUUGAAUCCAUUUAUUUAAUACAGAAGAUUUAAAUGGUACACUUGUUUUUUGC